AAAAAAAACAAAGAGCUGCAAACAAAAAGUUUUCUUCAAUUUUUCCCUCUAAACGCUAUCCAAGAUGAGUUACAAUGAUCGAAAUGACGGAAUAUCUACAACAGAAUGGCAGAAUCGUCUUGAAUCGUUUGAAUUGAAGCAAAAUGAUGUAAAUAAACUUAUUAUGAAUUAUUUGAUUACCGAGGGAUUCAAAGAAGCAGCUGAGAAAUUCCAAGCUGAAAGCGGCGUCGAACCAGAUGUUGAUUUGAGCUCCUUGGAUAAUCGUAUCUUGAUACGAGAAGCUGUUCAGGAUGGUCGUAUACAAGAAGCAACACAUUUGGUCAACCAAUUGCAUCCCGAAUUGUUGGAUAACGAUCGAUAUUUGUAUUUUCAUUUGCAACAAUUACAUUUGAUCGAACUGAUUCGUGCCGGGAAAAUUGAAGGCGAAGACGGUGCUCUUACUUUUGCACAAACUCAAAUUUCAGAGGCUGGCGAGAGUAAUCCGGAAGUUUUGAACGAAUUAGAACGUACUUUGGCAUUAUUGGCAUUCGAAAAACCGCAAAAUUCACCUUUUUCAGAUUUGCUCGAUCAAACACACAGACAAAAGAUCGCAAGUGAACUCAAUGCGGCAAUUUUGAAGCAAGAACAUCAAGAAUAUCCGAGUCCCCGUAUGGUGAAUAUCUUAAAGUUGAUUUUGUGGGCACAAACUGAAUUGGAUAAAAGGAAUAUCCCGUAUCCGAAAAUGACUGAUUUGGCAAAUGCUACAAUUGAAAAGUAA